CCACCCACAACAUCAACCAACUGUCCAAUGACCCAAGGCCCAUAAUGAUUUCACUCGGCCCAUCAGGCCUAAUUGAAGAAGAAAGAGCGGCGUUUAGUGGGAAAGCGAAACCCAGCUCAAUGGCCUUGUUUCACAACGCCUCAGAAACGAGUAGGGUUAAGGCUAACUGCUCUCUCUCUCUCUCUCUUUUCCCCCGAACAAGAAAUGGCCUCCUUCUGCAGAUCAGCUCUAAUGGCAGGCUCAAGGUCCAUUGCUCGCUCAAAAGCCCUCACCCAAACCUCCCUUAACUCCCUAAACCCCGCAGCCAUGGCGUCCCCAUUUGCUUCCACGACCAGAACAAUUCCUUGCGCUACAAGGUUCGUUUCGGUAUUGGGAUGCAUGGAAUCGAUGAUGCCGCUUCACAGUGCCAUUGCUUCUGCUCGGCUCAAGUCCAACAUUGCCGUCGAUUCCACUAGUGGAAGCUCCGUUUCUCUUGGGCUUCUCGACCGAAGCUGAACAUGAACCGAAAUUAACCAAGCAACCUUCCCCCUCUUCGACCAAGUUGUACUGUACUGCUCUCCUUCUUCCUUGCGUGCCAAUGGCAUAUAAAUUGCUAUUUGUUAUUCGAUUUCUGAAAUCAAUUUGGUGUUUGCUUAUACUGUGGCAGACGCUUUGAUUGCAAUGGCGCGCGAUGUAAUGCUUGGCCUGAAGAGUUAGUGGACUAUCAACCUAGAAGCAUAGGAAUGUUGCAUUCAGUUUGUAUGGUUACUAGUAUAGGGCCUGUACCUGUUAGGUUCAUGUGAUACAUGUAAUGUAUGAGCUUAUUUGGGUUUGAGGGCCUUCAGACCAUGUUCAUUAAUAAAGGGUAGAUUAGUUUUUAGCAGUCUGAAUUAUGUUUUCUUUUCUGUCAUUGGAAGUGUUACGGCAUAUUCCGUUCUCGUUCUGUCUUGUAAAGGCGGAAAGAAUGGCCUUCUAGCAUAUAUAUUAGAUUACGGAAUCUGUGGUGCAUAGAGAAAAUGUGUCAAUAUUAUUGCUGCUAACAAAACACAGUGGCGUGUUAUCAACGAACAGAUUUUUAAUAAUAUUGAUGAUCGUCCUUUUUGCGUUUGUCAUUGCCACUCCUGUUCACAGAAUCUACUAAUUGAAAACUUAAUUUGAA